CAACUCUGUGAAGCAUUUCCUCUUGUUGGGGGCGAUUGGAAUGUUCAUUGGAGCUAUCUGCUUCUACGCCUUGAACUACAUGAGAGAGAAGACGUCCCUCAGCCAUGCGGUCACCUUCUUGCUCACCUGCUCAGGAGCCAUCGCCUACUACUCCAUGUGGAGCGGCCUAGGAGUCACCUACAAGACCUCUGACACAACACCCCGCGUGAUCUUCUGGGGGAGAUAUCUUGGUCACCUCAUCACUUAUCCUCUUGUGCUCGUCGACAUCUCGAUUGUGUUCAAGCUUGACAACGCUCAAAUGAUCGCUCUUGUUGGCUACGACCUCGUGAUGUUCAUGGCUGGCUGGAUCGGGUCCGUGUCUGUCGGAUCUCACAAGUACAUGUGGUGGUUCCUGAGCUUCAUCUUCGCUGUGCUCGUCAUCGUUCAGCUUGCAAGCAUCCUCUCUUCCGAGUAUGCCACCGACAACUCCAAGAUGUUGAUCUACAUCACCAUGUUCGCUACCGGAGUUUUCCCCAUCCUCUGGCUCCUCGGAUCGGAAGGAACGGCUGCGCUCGGCCUCUCCCAGGAGGUUGGCAUCGCCUGUGUCACCGACCUCAUUGCCACUGUCGGCUUCGGCCUCUACUUCUUGCUCAACUACGAUUCUUUCGGAGUUGAGGAGAGCGAGGAGACUGAGGCUCUCACCAACCAGUAUGUUUAAGAGAUGUCACCUCAUAUGAUAUUCGUUUUAUGAAAGAAGUACUGCAAGC